GUUAGUCGUUGGUUAUCAUUAUUGUUCUUUGUGGAUCCCUCUCACUUAUGUUGAACUCCGUUGUUGGUUGUUGUUAGUCGUUGGUUAUUGGUCUUAUUGUUCUUCGUGGAUCCCUCUCACUUAUGUUGAACUAUGUUGUUGGUUGUUGUUGGUAAUUGGUCUCAUCAUUCUGUGGAUCCCUGUCACUCAUGUUGGCAUUUGUUGUUUGUACUUGGUUGUUGUGGUUCCUUAAUGAUAUUGGUACUAGGUUUCAUUAUGGUUAGCUCUUUUAUCGACCUGCACUUGUGAGACAUAGUAAAUGUCUAACAGCUCUACAGUUAUCUCAAGCCUCCAUUCUCCUUUGGAUGAACUUGGAAGUAUGACGUGCUGUUAUGAGGUACAUAUUUAGUUCGGGACAGGAAGUCGGGCUGCCAGGGUAGAGUACACAUGGUCCAUUUUGAUCUGUAGGUGUAUUUGUAAGCGCCCAAUGAGGCGUCCAUACAUUGAGGUAUGGGCGUAGUCUGAGGGUGUGCGGCAAGUGCUGGGGUGGGUCUCCAGAGCCGGUCUGCUAGUGUGCGGACGUCACUCGGAUCCACAUUUACGAGUGGAGAUCGAGUCGAUGGCCAGCACUAGAUUCUGACUCUGGACGCUGCUUCACCUAUGUGCCGUACACGUAUCAGCCUUGCUGGGUGACUAGCUAGCCAUUUGGCCAGGUAGUGUGUAGCAUGCACUGGGGCAGCCCUUCUAGGGGUUGGUCUGGUUGUGCAUGGGUGUCGCUGGGGUCCACCACUACGGUUGGACCACUAGUUGAUGACCUGCACUCCACACCACCUCUCCUUGAAGGACUCCCAAAGGUGUAUGUCACUGGGGUCCAUCACUACGGUCAAGCCAAAUCUUAAUGUGGUUUUUGAUUUAAUAUAAUUGCUAUAUUUGUAAUAGAUCUAGCAUUUAGUUUCCUAAAUUAUUAGGAUAAUA